AUGUGCCUGGAAGAUACGAUAUACGGCACUACAGCCGUAAAACUGAGGGCGGAUGAUCAGAUAGACGCCAAUGACGUGUUUCGUGCACUUUUCAAUGAGGGGAAGAACUACCUGCCUACGGCAAACAUGUGCAAAAGAAGACAUUCAUGCCGCAACUACUUGCAGUUCGCGUGGGCCCAGAACACGGCGAUCGGUUGUGACUACUCGAUUUGCAAUAGGACAUACGAUCCGGUUGCUUUCGUGGUGUGCGCCUACGAUUCAAGGUACACUGCAGUCGACGGUAAAGGAGGAAUACGGCGAAGAGGGUCGCCGGCCGACGAAGGCUACAACGACAAAGGCCACGACGACGAAGACGACGCAACACUGGACCGAUCCACAAAAUAUAUUCACGAAGCAACAGAAUUCACUGGGUUGAAAGCUUCGACGAAGCCAGUGACGAUGAAAAUGCUAGUGCUGCUGUUGGCCAUCGUUCAGCUCGGUCAGUCGGUGGAAAUAAUAGGAAAAGCGAUUCCGCACUUAUUUCUAACGGCGUACACGAAGUAUCGAAACCUGAUCAACGCGACUGACCUGCAAUGCGUACAAAAAUGGAACCCUGCACUUGCGCAACGAGCAGAAGAGCUUGUGAUGCAGUGUCCACACGAAGGUACCAGCGCAGCUCAGCUCAAAGCUCCUGCGACUGUUGUGGAGCUUGAAUGGACCGAGAACAUGUACAGCGCUGAACAAGUGUUCCAAAAGCUGUACGAUCAGGGAAAGAACUACGAUCAGUCGACAGGCAGAUGCAAUGCCGGACAGACAUGCAGCAACUACUUCACGUUCGCCUGGCGUCGUAACAAGGAAAUUGGCUGCGCGUACGCAGGAUGCAGCAAGGAACAACUCGACCUGAACAGCACGCAGACCGUGCUGACUGUUGUGUGCGUAUUCGAUACUCAGUAA